CUGCCAUCGCCAUGUUGUUUUAUUUAUUAAAAAAAAAAAAAGAGCUUGGUGAGGUCUUUCUUUAUCUCCUUUUGCUCGAUCGCAAGUGGAUCAAUCACCAUUUCAAUCAUGACCGAAGGGACUAGCGCAACUAUCCGCACCAGGAAGUUUAUGACCAAUAAACUAUUAUGCCGUAAACAAAUGGUCGUUGAUGUACUCCAUCCAGGUUUACCAUCAGUUAAAAAAACUGAAAUUCGUGAGAAACUUGCUAAAAUGUACAAAACAACAUCAGAUGUUGUUUUUGUAUUUGGUUUUAAAACACAAUUUGGUGGUGGUAAAACAUCUGGUUUUGCUUUGAUUUAUGAAACUCUUGAUUUUGCUAAAAAGUUUGAACCAAAACACAGACUCCAAAGACAUGGUCUUUAUGAAAAACAAAAGCAAUCAAGAAAACAACGUAAGGAACGUAAGAACAGAAUGAAGAAGGUUAGAGGUACCAAGAAAUCCAAGGUUGGAGCAGCAGCCAAGAAAUAAGUAAAUUCAUUAUAAUAAUUAUUUGAAUAAAUUAUGAAUCUUACUUAUUACUAAAAAAUCA